AUGAACCCCGUUGGCACAGUGGCGAUGUCCAUGGCUGAUGAUCCGUCCGGUGUAGUUGACCCUCAGUUGUUGGUGAAAGGUGCCGAUGGACUUCGUAUCAUUGAUGCUUCUGUUUUUGUGAGUAGUCAGACUGCGUUGCCCGUAUUCUAUGCCUUUGAUAUCGGACGGCUUUUAGCCCAGAAAUCCCAGUACACACUCACAAGGGCUCGUGUACUUGCUUGCAGAAAGAGCUGCAGACGUGAUCAAAGCGGCUCAGUCCUCCUCUGUGCCCCCGACAACAUCUACGUCAAUAAGACCUACAACGACAGCCGCAAAUCUAUCGACAGGUUCAUCGCCUACGACCAUUACUACAUCAUCAAGGUCUACAACAAUACCAACAGGUUCUUUUCCUCCGACGACUACAACGACAUUGAGGCCCACAACAACGUCGACAGGUUCCUUUCCUCCAACUUCGACUUCGUCGAUUCCAAUAUCAAGGGCGAAUUCUUUCCCAUUUCCCACGUGGUGGUUCGGUUUCUUGGCCCUCUCAGUGUGGUAGGACUUGAAGUCAUUCUUUAUCUCUAA